GUCUCUACCAUUUUUUCGAUUGUGGCUGUUCCUGACGAGUUAUGAGCGGUGCCCGUUUAAAUUGGGUCACCCUGUAUAUGUUGGAACUAAAGUAUUAGUCUAUGGAAGGUUCGUUCUGUAUGACUACCAAAAUAUAUAUGCGCGUAAGUUAACCGUCGAUGAGCAUCAGGUCGUGUUUAUACACGUAGUUUGAAAUUCCGGCCGCGUCAGUCGCCACUGCAUCAUGUACGCUUUUAUGAUUAAUUAAAUUAUUUUUAAGAAUAUCCUACAAUAUUAUCACAGAUCUGAAUAUAUUUAUAAUUACUACUCGAUGUUUUUUUUUCUAUACCAGCUGCGUAAUUUAUAAUUUGAAUGCCGCGCAAAUUUAAAAAAAAAUAUAACUCUGUUUAGCUACGCCUAGGUGGCGCUGUAACGACCAUGCAUAUGCGCUUAUACCGCGCGCGCGACGGCGCGCAUUUUCUUGGAAUUGAAAUCUGCGUGUAUACAGACAAAGAUAGGAUGAGAGCUUUCACUGAAGCUCAUACGCCAUCCGUCUUCACCGAUAUCUUCUCGAGCCUACUUGGUUUGCUAUUUUCUUAUUUGAGCGAGAGCACGAGGGAGAGCUUCGACAUCAAUUCCUUCGUCAUCUCCUCUCGUUUCUUCUUUCAAUUCUCGGAAGCCCGACAGCGUGGGUUUACUCGACUCCGGAGUCCGGCUCCAUCAGUUUCAGACCGUAGUCACGGAUUACGCGGAUAGCAGUGAAGCAGUCUCCUUUAUCGGUGUAAGUGUUAUCAAGUGUAAUAGUGAAUCAUGGAAAGUAGGAGAAUGAGAGUCAGAAAUAAACGGUGUAUUCUCGUUGAAUUUGUCAACGAGGAUAAUGCCUUAGCUAUCGGUUAUCGUUGUUGGACCGUCAAACCCUUCAGCGAUGAUGAAAUGCAGAACCUUAUUGACAAUAAGGAAACUGUGGAAAUUUGGUGGCCAAAUUGUACUAUUACGACGGAAAAAAAAUGCUCAAAACACUGCAAGGUUUACCAAAAAAAGAUUAUAAAAGCUACGCAGCUAAUAUUCUUGCAUUUAGAGAUUGGAUCAGAAUGAAUUCGGAACUUAAAUCCUUAGAAAAAUUAGAUAUUUUAAGCACAACAAAACAGAACAGACACUUGUUUGUCAAGAAAGAGUUUGACGAUAAAGAAUUUGUCACAAAAAAAGAAGAAACCACAACUAAAAUAAGACUCAGACUGCUGACAGAGCGUUGAAACGCAAACUUGAAAGUGCCAAAAGGACAAGCUCAUUAUUAGACAAAAUAAUAAAAGAGCAAAAUGAUAAAAAAUCUGUGCUGGAAGAUGAUAAUGAUAUCUCAACUGAUACAGAAACUGUAUCAUCCGAGGAUGUCGAGCCACUAUCGAAAAGAAGCAAAAGUUCUUUCAGUUCGCAGUUGCAGAUACUGAAAAUGGAAAAUCGAGAUCUUAAAAAAACUAUUGCUGAGUACAAAGAGGUCAAUACAGCUAAAUUGGAAUCCCACGCACUACUGGAGGAUAUGAAAGAAACAAGAAAAAUUUAAAAAGAGAUGAACCUCACAUGCAGUAAAUGUAAUGAGAUGGAUAUCGAAAAAACGAUAAGAAGCUAUUUAAAAGCUCAGAAAACAUCGAAAACAUUAGCGUUAAUUCUCCAGUUAAGACGUACUCACCAAGGAUUACGAGUACCCCAAGGAAAGCUCCCAAGGUUACAUCCAAACCAUUAACUCAAAUACAAUCAAGUUUUGAGUCAGAUUUGGAUGAGUCAUUUACUAAAGAGUGCUGAACCAAAUGAAGCAGCCUCAACGACAGAUGAACUACCCACAAGUUCUUGUGAGACAAAGAUGGAAGAGCACAGUACUAAAAAGCCACUUUCGCCAGAGAUUACCGUCAUUGUAUCAAGAAAUGCGGACUCACCUACAGAUGAUGAGGCAGAGAUGGAACCUGAUCACAGUACUCAGAGGGUUACGAUUAAGAACGUAUCGUCGCAACUCGGCUGCUCAAUAUCCGACAAAAAGGACCUGCUUCGAAAAAAAGAUGUACCUGCCGCAUCCCAAAAACCAUCAGUACCUCAGCAUAAGGAACCAGCAGAAGUCGUCGCCGACACCGCCCCUAAAGUCGAUAUUGGACACGGCGUUCAGCUUCCAGCAGCGAUCAUCGACAAAUUGCGAAAGAAGGAUCUGCGAAACUUACUUCUGGACUUAUGUAACGCACUUUUUAGAAAAGAGGAUUUUGCAAUAUCUUCGAUGUGCGGCAAAAAAGGAUGCUUGUCGGAUAGUGCAAAACCGGAACUUGAUCCGACGAAGCAGAAGGCAAUAUUGAGCUAUGCUGCUAAAACUCUGCCGUCGGAGACCAAAGAAAAUAUUGAAAAGACUCUUAAGACAAUUUUGUCUAACAAAUAUAAAAACGCUGCCAAGGAGAUAAAAAAAAGGAAUGUAAUUAUAUGAAUAUCAUUUAUAUAGAAUUUUAGUUCAUUAAUACGAAACGAAGCAUUAUAUUAUUUAUUUAU